AUGCAGGACAAAAAGUCCAUCCCGCGCUUCUCCAGCUUUAAACCUCCUCCCCCGAAGCCUGAUCUACCAAGUGAUCGCCGCCGCGAAACAUCUCAGCAAGACGAUCGUGACUCUCAUAGGUCAAAACACGGUCGAAAUGAACGCCGGUCUCGCUCGCCUGGAUGCUCCGAUCGCAAUGACAGAGCUCGAUCCUUGGAUCGAUCUGCACGUUCAAAAGGGCGGCGCCAUAGUCCUUCACGUAAUCGUCGCAGAUCUAGAGAACGGCAACAAUCGCGCGACCACCGUGAAUCACGGAGCACCAAAGGAGAAACUCAGGGGGAUGAAGCUCAUGCUCUUCGUGCCUUGAGCGAGGCCAGAAAUCAGCCGCCUAAUGAUGAGCAUGAUCUCUUUAUUAUCGAUCGGAGAGGAGACCGGCACAAUAUCACCUACGGCGCCACACACCGUUAUGCCGUCCCCAACUUUCGCCGGGCUGGUAGUGGGCGAGUCAUUGGGAUUAACACGAGGUACUCGAUUGAUCGUGAACACCGGGAAACCGACACUUUGGUUUUACGCACCAGAGAACAAGGAUUUGCGGACGGGGCCAGGUCUAAAUCAACCAGGCUUAUGUCCAAAGGCUUCACUCAGCCAACACAGCUGUUUCGCCUCAAAGCAGAAGGUAUCAGUGGCGCGGCUUUUGAGCACAUGCAAGACUUCAUACAGUUCGACUCUACAACUCAGCACAACCCCUACGAUGAUAAUGACUCGGCCGACGACCGUCAUGCUUACCGGUCGAUAUAUGGAAAAGCAAAGGAUGAAGACGUGGUUCCGGGAGAGCUGGAAUCACUGCCUGAUUCCAUUACCCUGGAACAGGAUAUUCAAGUCGACAUUGAUGCGGACAGAAAGGCCCGCAAUGCCGAGCUAUCGCGUGCCAUAGAAUCUCACCCGAUGGACGUUGCAGCUUGGCUCAGGUUAAUCGAUCACCAGGACACGCUAAUUCUUGGUGCAACCGACGAGUCUCGUUCCUUUACCUACGCUGAGCGACAAAGCUUGGCCGAAGUUAAGUUGUCUCUCUAUGAGAAAGCUCUCAAAAAGGUGGGCGAAAGUCCUCACAGGGAUCGUCUUCUUCUGGGUCGACUGUACGAGGGUGCAAAAUUAUGGAAUAGAGAAAAUCUUUUAGCUGAGUGGAAGGGUGUGCUGAAGAAAAACCCUGCGUUUAUCGGUCUCUGGGUCAAAUACAUCGACUUCCGCCAGACAGAUUUCCAAGAUUUUGCUUUCGAGCAAUGCAAUUCAAUUUUCAUUGACUGUUUGAGACUCAAUGCAUCGAGCGCAGCAAGUCCUUACAAAACGCAAGUCCAAUGUUACUUGUUCCUGCGCUUGACCCUCUUUCUACGCGAAUCGGGAUAUAUUGAACUCUCCGUCGGUCUCUGGCAGGCAGUGCUGGAGUUUACCUGUUUCAGGCCAUCAUCUUUCGCUGAAGACAACGACAAAGAAGGUGCUCUUUCUUCCUUUGCCAACUUUUGGGAGUCAGAAGUGGCACGAAUCGGAGAACUUGGCGCAGCAGGCUGGCGAAAUGCCGCAAGCUCUGAUGUCGACCCAAGCACCCAUGUUUACGAGCUUGAAGUCGAUUCUACAGACAUUUUGACCUCUUGGGCUAACGCGGAGAGGGAGCGACUUCUGGACUCCCAAAUGCCAGCGCGAAGCAUCGAUGAUUUCAAAUCCGGCAUGGACGAUGCGUACACAGUGGUUCUUUUCUCAGACUUACAGAAUAUUCUGCCGUUAUUCUGGGAAGUGAAUAACCUGGAUGAUCUUAUUGACAGCUUCCUAUAUUUCUGUCAUUUGCCACACCUGACAGUCCCUCAGAAUGCUCCGACCACCCGUUUAUGGAGUGGGGACAAUUUUGUGCGGAAUGAAAUCUUGGACAAUGCUCAAAAUGAUCUAUCUCCUUGGAUGUCGACCCAGGGGGAUAACUCACAAGCAUCCAAAUUGCCUUUUUCCUUCCAGGUUUCCAACUUUCUUCACACGACUGAUACUAUGUUCGCUGCGCCUGGAGAAUGGUUCUCCUCACUUCAAGCAUGGGCCAAAAACGCUUCGAGCAAAUCAUCGGUCAUCAAUUCAAACUGGGUGCGACAGACCCUUCGCACCUUGGCGGAGAUUCUUCCGACCGAUAAUGAAUUGGCUGAGUGUGCCUUAGCAGUCGACUUUGCCUGCGAUCGAGACGCAGCCAAUAAAUUCGCAAAGCGGUUAUUGAAGACAAGGUCUUCGAACUUGAGACUCUAUAAUUGCUUUGCUCUGAUGCAGUCUCGCACUGGGGCCCAAUCGACUGCAAACCAUGUAUGGUCCACUGCACUCACGAUGAGCAAAGACUUCGAGGACUAUGACAAGAUCGACUGCGGUCUUCUGUGGAACUCGUGGACGUGGGAGAGCCUUCAGAAUGGAGACCUCGUGCGCGCUUCAUAUGUCCUGCAUGCGAUGUUGUCCAAGAGUAUUGAUCUCGCUUCCUUUUCCGUGGCUUCUGAUCCUGUACAUUUCAGUGCUACCAGUAUGCUGCGCGUCCAAAGUUUUCUAAGCGAGUCUCAAGAGAGGGCGCUAGCCUACAGGAAGCCUCAGGUGUACUCUUCUUACACAGACUGUCUUGCCUUGCUUCUAUACAUCGUGGAAGGCUCUUUCGAGGCAUCCCUUAAGAUCUACGCAUCAGCGGUUCUGAGGCUUAGAAAUUUACCCGUGCAGGAAGAGAACAUGAAGGCUUUCACCGCGGAGUUGCUGCAUCAGUCUCGGGCGAGACUGAUUUAUUUCCAUGUUGAACGGAAAGGAAAUUUCAAGCCGAUCCAGAUUCACAAUCUUCUCAAAGAGAGCAUAUCCAUCUUCCCUCACAACACACUCUUCCUCUCGCUCUUUAUGUGGAAUGAAGCCCGCUUCCCGAUCUUUGAUCGGAUUCGGGACAUUCACGAUCUCACCAAAAGCACCGACCCAGACAGUCGGUAUCGACUCGACGGUGACUUCGGCCUCCGAGGCAUCGCUCAGAGUACACCCAUCUCCACUCACCUCUUCUCCAUUUAUAAUGAACUGUGCCGUCCGGUAUUCACUGGCAGUACUGCUCACUCCGCACGAGCCGCCUUCGAGAAAGCAAUUGGCGAACAUUCCGCCCUAGCUUCAAUCAAGCCAGGCGACAGGGAUACACACUACAGCUUUGACGUCGACAGUGCACGGUCAAAUCUUGCUGUCUGGAAGCUCUACAUCUCCUUUGAACUCUAUCAGACUCGGGAUAUCCAUGCUGCAAAAGCUGUGUUUUACCGAGCCAUUCGCGCCUGUCCCUGGUCCAAAGAGCUUAUCAUGCUUGCUUUCGAGCAUCUUCGAGAGGACCUAGUCCAGCGUCAUCCCAAAAUCCUCAGCAGGAAACAGACCGUGGCCUCCGGCUUCAAUUUCGACGAGCUCUGCCAGCUGUACAAUAUUCUCAUUGAAAAGCAAUUGCGGGUGCAUUUGAAUAUUCAGAACGACAUUUUUGAUGUUCUUGCUCAGCGGCGUAUCGCUUCUGAGUCAACCGAAGGACCCGAAGAUUCUCCAUGA